AGGGGUGGCGCUAAAGUCGACUCGGGAUUUUGUGUAGGCGGAAGCUACAGUGACCUGACAAGGGUUGUGGGGGGUGGAGGGAUGCUACUGCGGUUCUGUGUCAUUACUGUCUGUGUCUGAGAGAGAGAGAGAGAGGGAGUGGGGAAGAGAGAGAGGGAUCUCUGCGCUUUACAACAUCAGCGAGAACAGGGACACCUCAAUGAACCUUUGCAACUCCCCUGUCACAAUUUAAACCGGGACGCGCGGUAACUUCAUUGCUCGGAUUUUGUGUUUUUUUAAAAAAAAAAAUUUGUUUUUUGUUGGUUAUUUAUUUUUGAAGGGGGCUUGGGGUGGGAGGGACGUGUGCGCCGAGAUGAGAGUGAGAAGCUGCCAAACUGCAGAUGCGGUGGUGUCGAAGUGGGAGGUUGCUGUUUGAGUAUUUGUGGGGGACGGAUCGAUACCAGCUGAAGGACUAAGUGCCAUCCUUUGGGGCACACGCAUUAAGGAAGGGGGUGGGGGGGGUGGGGUGGGGGGAGGAAAAGAAAACCCCGAGAAAUGGGCAACAGUUUCUCCAACGUGUCGGCGUUUCAGUCCCUGCACAUUGUCAUGUUGGGGCUGGACUCGGCGGGCAAGACCACCGUCCUGUACCGGCUCAAGUUCAACGAGUUCGUCAACACGGUGCCCACCAUCGGCUUCAACACCGAGAAGAUCAGGCUCGGCAACGGCACCACCAAGGGCAUCAGCUGCCACUUCUGGGACGUGGGCGGUCAGGAGAAGCUGAGGCCGCUCUGGAAGUCGUACAGCCGCUGCACCGACGGCAUCAUCUACGUGGUGGACUCGGUGGACGUGGACCGCCUGGAGGAAGCCAAGACCGAGCUGCACAAGAUCACCAGGAUCUCGGAGAACCAGGGCACCCCACUGCUGGUCAUCGCCAACAAGCAGGACCUGCCCAAGUCCCUGCCGGUGGGCGACAUCGAGAGGCAGCUGGCGCUGCAGGAGCUCUGCCCCUCCACCCCUUGGCAUGUGCAGCCCGCCUGUGCCAUCAUUGGAGAAGGGCUGCCCGAGGGCAUGGACAAACUCUACGAGAUGAUUGUGAAACGGAGGAAAGCCCUGAGGCAGAAGAAGAAACGCUGAGCGCACACGGAGACAAAUAUUUGGGGAAAAGGAAAUGACUUUGUGAUUGAGAGCUCCAAAGGUACUGUAGUAAACGUGCAGAUCGAUCUAUAUAUGGAUUAUAUAUAUAUAUAUUUAUUUAACAUAAAUAAUAAGACAACCGUCAGAUGGCAUGAUUAGACUGUUGCAAGAGUGCAGAGAGCCAGGAUCGAAACCUGUUUAAUUGCACCAUUCCCCGGACACUAGAUGUUGGUGCUGAGCACACUGCACUGGGGAGGGGAAUGCAAGCACUUGGGGGGUUUUUGCUUCACAAGAAGGAAAACAAAACCCGAAAGAACUAUGAAUGCACUGAGGGUUUUUUAUUCUCUCUCUCUCUCUCUGUGUGCUUGCUUUCCCCUCCUGGUCAGCCACUUAAGGACAUGUGCCGCCGCCACACUUCAUUCUGGGAAGAUGAAGAGAUAUUGCCUGGUCACUUUAAGACUGCUCUCGAGCGUGGGACGUUUUCGAAUAGAUUUCGUACAAAAAAAAAGGAAAGACAAUCCCUUCCAGUAUUUGUGUUUUCCCAGAAAAUGGAUCCACCGUCCAAUUCGCUGCGUUUUAGUUUCUUUCACCCCCCCCCCCCCCCCCACUUGGCUUCGACUGUUGGAAAGACGACGUGUUCUGAGGAAAAGAAUUGAGAUUCUGCUCUUAAUCGGUUUUGUGGAACCUGUUGUAAAAGCCGCCUGUGAGCUCCCUGGGCCACUUGAGAGAAUCAGUGGGCAGGACAAAGAUCGGCUAAUGUGCAGAAUGGAGGCCCUUAUCUUUUGCAGCUCCUCUUUGGCUAUACCUUCUUAAGUUUAACAUUUUUUAGUCGAUUAUUAAACUGACUUAGGUAAGGCUGGCCCUCACCUUUAUUUCAUUAUGUACUCUUAUGUAUUUAUCUGCAUUUGGUACUUUAAAAAUGUCUUUUACCAAUAUAGUUGGCGGUAAGGAUGAAUUAUGAACUUGGGAUAAUAAAACAAACCCUUGUGAUAAAA